AUGUCCACGUUGGGACAGUAUGUGGCCAACGCCAUGAACAAUGCCGGUGCGGUGCCCAUUCCCAUGAGCAGAGUCGGCCUGUUUGACGUGCUUGUAGCAAGUGGAACGACCCGAGGCGUGCCAUACACCAGCAUUCCAGGGCAUGCGCUGUACCAAGGCUUGCUGUACUCUGGAACGUUCAAGGACAUGGUGUACUUGACAUUCAACCGAACUCCGUCGUUGACGAUCGAGCUACGAGGGGAGAAUGGCUUUAUGGCACCAAGUGCGUCGAUUCGAUCGUCGGGCGAAGAGCUUGUCGAGGCCAUCACGGCGUUUGCGAGUCAGCUCGGCUCGUAUUACCAAUUGAAACGAACCGUUUAG